UCAAUUUUUCCUUUUUUGAGCUUUGCGGUUGUUCUGUCUGUUCUGUUCAAUCAAAUUUUGUUGACCCAUUGCAAGUUUGAGAAGAUGAAGAGAAUUCCGCGCAUCAAAUUCCCGCAGAGGCACCCGAAAUCCUCCGCUUCAGGAUCUGCAUCCCAGACCCAGGCUGCUCCGAGCACUGAAAAUGUUGCAAAAAUUUCUGCUUCAAGGUCGGAUGUCCCAGCACCUCCAAGCAACAUGGCGGUGGGAGGGCAAGCUUCACUCCAGCCAAAACGUACUCCUGUCUCGGAUAAGGAAAUUGAAGCUAUUCUGCUGGGUGGAUGCCUCUAAUGGUACUCAGAGAAGCUGGGAUCAAGGGGGAGAAUGAAGUGGUUUUUCCUUCUUGUUCUAUGUUUAAAUGCCUACUGAUACUUUCACCAGAUAGGGCAGCUGAUUGUAAAUUUCCUUUGUAUCUAUAUGCAAAUCAACCCAAACUAUGUUUUGAUGAAUCUUUUUUGGUAAAUAAAGAGGCUGGAUGAAUCUUGAAAGAGACAA